GCAGUCACAUGUCACCGUGUCAUGUGAUUAUUGAAUUGUGAGUCAAAAAAAAGAGCAAAAAUACCCUCAGACAGUGUUUGCUUUGUAUUUCCGAAGCUGCAUUAAACACGACACAUAUGUGACGACUGGGACGCGUCUCAACAGACCUGCGAGGCUGUCAGAGGAGUAUGCAGCUCAGUGCUCUUUGUUGACAACAGCUAAACUCAUCUCAAGCUACUGCUAACAUGACGCUGCAGAUGGGGAUUCUGUGUUUGGCUCUGCUGGGCCUGAGCUCGGCGCUGGUUUGUCCCAAUGGAGGCAUUUGUGGCGACAAAAACACCUGCUGCAAGAACACCGAGGGAGGAUACGGAUGCUGUCUGCUGCCACACGCCGUGUGCUGCUCAGACCACCUCCACUGCUGCUUUCAGGGAACGGUGUGCGAUCUGGUUCAUGGGAAAUGUGUGAAUAAAACUGUCUCCCUGCCCUGGAUGACACAACUCCCGACCCAACAGGCCCCAGUUGUCCCUCAGCUCGCAGAGGGAAUAAAGGCAGUCAUUUGUCCGGACCAGGAGUCUGAGUGUCCGGAUGAAACCACGUGCUGCCAGCUUCCUGACUACUCCUGGGGCUGCUGUCCAUUAGCCAAGGCGGUGUGUUGCAAGGAUAAGCGCCACUGUUGCCCAGAGGGAACAAAGUGUGAUCUUGUUCACUCAAAGUGUGUGUCUGCCUCGCUGGAGUCCUUCCCCAUGCUGGAGAAACUGCCUGCGAGAAGGAGGGCGACCGAUCCAGUUUCUUCUGUCGGUUCAGUGACGUGUCCUGGUGGGAAAAGCAUCUGUCCAGAUAGUUACACAUGUUGCCUGCUAACCAGCGGAGACUAUGGCUGCUGCCCGUUCCCAGAGGCCAUGUGCUGCAGCGAUCAUCUCCACUGUUGCCCUAGCAACACAAUAUGCGACCUGGAGCGCGGCGUCUGCAAGUCUGGCGAGAGUCACGUGCCGAUGAUGAGGAAGAUCGCCGCUGCGCCCAAAGACAUUGUGUGUCCAGAUCAGAAAUCGGUGUGUCCUGAUCAGACCACCUGCUGCCAGAUGACCAACGGCACAUAUGGCUGCUGUCCGAUGCCCAGCGCCGUGUGCUGUUCAGAUCACAUCCACUGCUGCCCUGCAGGCACCCAUUGCGACCUGAUCCACAGCACCUGUGUGUCGACCCACCAGGAAACCUCCACGGCCGUGAAGACGUUCGCUGCUGUGACGGAGCCGACGGCACCGAGCAAAGUCCACGCUGUUCCCUGCAACGACUCUGUGGCCUGCGCUGAUGGAAGCACCUGCUGCAAAUCUCCAGGAGGAGAAUGGGCCUGCUGUCCUUUACCGAAGGCUGUGUGUUGUGAAGACCACAUGCACUGCUGCCCUCACGGCACCGUUUGUAACCUGGCGGCCUCCACAUGCGACGAUCCCACCGGGAACGCCGUGGUGCCGUGGCUCGGAAAGACGCCCGUCUUCCCCCUCCACAGCGACAACAACAAGUGCGACAAGUCGACGUCGUGUCCCGGAAAGUCGACCUGCUGCAAGACGCUGACCGGAGCCUGGGCCUGCUGUCCUCUGCCUCAGGUGCAGUCCUGCCCAGAGCUGUCUGCUUUACCAGACCGGGCUGUUUGCUGUGACGAUCACAUCCACUGCUGCCCUCACGGCACCGUCUGCAACCUGGCGGCUGAAACCUGCGACGACCCGUCCGGAUCCUCUCCGUCCCUCCGCUGGCUGGCUAAAGUGUCCGCCGUGACCUCGCAGGCGAAGGACGAGAAGUGCGACAAGCAGACGAUGUGUCCGGGAGGCACCACCUGCUGUAAGAAGAACUCUGGACAGUGGGCCUGCUGCCCUUUACCUCAGGCCGUGUGCUGCAAUGACCAUGAGCACUGCUGCCCUAAAGGCUAUAAGUGCAACGUGGCCGAGCAGACUUGUGACAAACCCGGUGACCUGAGCCUGUCCUGGUUGCAGAAGGUCCCGGCCCUGCAGACGGAGUCCAGUCGGGCUGUUUCCGGUCCAACUGGACCUGCCAAGAACAUGUGUGACGCCCAGACCAGCUGCCCCAGAGAUACGACCUGCUGCUUCAUGGACCAGACGCACAAAUGGGGCUGCUGCCCGCUGCCAAACGCCGUCUGCUGUAAAGAUGGAAACCACUGCUGCCCCGCUGGACACGCCUGCCAGCCUCAUCGCUCCUCCUGCUCUCAGGGCCUCCAGGUGAUUCCCUGGUUCGCCAAACUCACCGCUCUGACGGAGCCGAGCGCCGUCAGCGAUGUUAAAUGCGACGAUAAGAGCAGCUGCGCUUCAGGGACGACCUGCUGCAAGCUGCCGACAGGAGAGUGGGGCUGCUGCCCUCUGGUAAAGGCGGUCUGCUGUGCUGACAGAGAGCACUGCUGUCCUCAGGGAUACACCUGCAACAUGCAGACGGGAACAUGUGAGAAGAAGGACGACAGCAGCGUGCUGAUCUACCCCCUCCCUCAGAGCAGAGUGGUACAGUCCGAGCCCAGAGGCGUUGAGGACGAGGCGGACGUACCAUGUGACGGCACGGGGGAGUUUCACUGCCCAAAGAGAGACACCUGCUGUAAGGUGUCGGACACCGAGUGGAGCUGCUGCCCCUCCUCCAAGGCCGUCUGCUGCUCGGACUCCAAGCACUGCUGUCCUGCUGGGUAUUCCUGCGACCUGAAGGCUGGAGGUUGUUCUCUGCUCUCCUGGGACUCUCUGUUUGAGGACAGAAAGACAAACUUUGGUCCCGGCAGACUUUAAUUCCUCUGAGGGGCAACGAUCACCUUCAACCUUGGAUCCACAGCAUCCAUCUGCUGCUGGUGUCGUCUGAGUGCUUCUCCACCGGCUUCCUGCAUGGACGAGUAUUCGCUUUGGACUCUGAGUGUUUUUCAUUUAGGUUAUCCGUCAGCAGAGGAAUUCUAAAGAAGCAGGGAAGUGAUCAGGUGACACAGCAGCCUCUCAUUCACUCAAUCUUAGUUCAUUAUUUCAAGGAGCCUUUUUAUGUCAAACAGGUUCGUCUUCGUCACUCCACAUGUAGGAGACGUGACACAGCCACCGACUGCAAAGCUUUACAGCAUUAUUCUGAGGAAUUAAGGAGAAUUCUGGUUUAUUUCAAGCAUAUUUUUAAAAAAUGUGUCAGUAAUUCCGAUCUAAAACAAAUUUAGUGAAUUUCACGACCAUCGAGCUUCGUUUUCCCCAAAGCAGAAGCCAAAAUUACUUCUAGCAGUGAAAUAAAAUUAAAAAAACAUUAGAAGGCAUAUUUGGUUCAUUAUUAUGAGUUAAUUUUCACUUAUUUUGGGGCUGAAAAGUUCAGGAACUCCUGCAUUAGCUGUCCAUGUUACGUGUGUGCUGGGAAAAAUACAGUUUUUGUGCAUAUUCUUGCUCUGUAAAUGCUCAGAUUUAUCCACAUAGUGCUAUUUCAAUGUGUGCAAAGAACAGGAGAGAAGAGGGACAGUAAAUCUGACUUCUGUUAACUAUCUAAGUAUCCUAACGAGCUAAAUAUCUGCCUUCAAUGUGCAGUUUUGUUGGUUGAAAUUAACCAGAAUUAUCCUGAAAAAGGAGAAGCUGGAUGUUGCUCCGUAUUUUUUUUUAUCGUCAAUAAAUCCCAUAAAACAGACCAGAAGUAACCGUCUGCCGUAGUUCCAAUUUAAGAAGAAAAUAUGGUCACAAAUGUGAAGUUUCUUUUUGUUAUUAUUGAUUUAAUUCUUAAUAAUUGGCUUCAUUGUUUUCACAGCUUGUCGGUAAACAGAUUCGGGUUCACAGAUGCGUUCAUAAAACAAAAAUUAACGAUGUUUAACUGCAAAAUAACAGCGAAAUCACGACACAUUUACAGGGAAUUACUGGGAAUUAUGGGGUGAAUGAAGAAUAGAUUCUACCAAAAUGUCAAAUGUUUUAAGGUAUAAAAGUUUUUCUCCUGAAUCAUACGUUGUCUGAGGCUCUUUUUAACAUCUAACAACAUCUCAGGCUCAUUAUCGUUCUGUUGGACUUGAUUUUUCUUCUUUUUUAUGGGAUUUGUUGACGGUAAUAAAACUAAAACCAGGACCAGACUCCUCGCUUCACUCUUUCCAUGUUUUCCGAUCGUUAUUCCUGCGACUGCUGCGUGUUUUUCUUGUUCUCUGUGGAAACGGAGAACCGUGAAUGUACUCGCUGCCUUACUGUGAGUUUUCUAAGGAAUAAACAGGAAGAAGGCUGCAGCUUAGUGAGCAUUAUUUCAGUAAUUUCAUUAAAUGAGAUCCUCUCAGAGCUACUUUUAAGAUUUUGAGUGUUUAUGUUGGUUUUUCCUGAUCAAUAAUUGAGUGUUUAGUCCAAGAAAUGGUGGCAAAGAUGCAAAAUGAACCAUCCGAUUAGUCAAAAACCCAAAGAUGAUGAUGAUGAAACUGGGAAAACAAGAACUGAUUAAUUACUACAACUAUUGCUGAUUGAUUUUCUGUCAGUAGGUUCAGCUGUAGAGUGGAUUAUUUCUGGAUUACAACUGAUUGAAGGUGUUUCUGAUGAGUUUUUUCUUUAUGUUCCCACUCGGUGAGGAAAGUUGUGACUGUUAUUUGUUUGUGUGUGUUUAUUUUAUUAAUCUAUGAAUAUUUCUGAUAUGAGGCAGCACAACGCUGAACGUUAAAAUCUAGCGAGGCGGCGAUGGAAGUUUGAAUCUUUAGUUUUUGUAACUUUGCGAAAGGAGGACUGACCAUUAAAAGAGCUCGUGCCUUCAUCAGAUAUUUGGUUUAUUGUUGAGGAAAAUUGAAGAAUCUUUAGUGUUUUUGGACAGUUGGAGUGUAGAUUUCUGGAAUCAAAACCAGGAAAUUUUAAAAAGUGUCACAAGGAGGCAGAAACUGCAGACACUCAGGAGAUACAGUCAAGUUUUUUGUGUUUUAACAGCAGUUUCCAACCAUUUUCAGAUAAAAAGAGUCUGUGUGCUUCAGUUUAGAGAUUUAUUAACCCUCCUGUUGUCCUCAUUUACAGGCACCAAAAAAUAUUGUUUCCUUGUCUGAAUAAAUUCAGCAAAAAAUUUCUGAAAAUUUACAGAACCUUCAGGAAGAAAAUCCCAAUAAUUCCUUGGAAGUUUCCCUUAAAAGUUUUGUUUUUAGAAAAUUCUUGAGAAAAAUUUUUUACAUUUCUUUUUUUCCACCAAAGAAAUGUUCAAAGAUUUCCCAAAAAUGUUGAAAAUGUGGACAUCAGAAGUUUCGCUGUGAAAAUAUUUUUUAAAACAGGUCAAUUUUGACCUGUAAGACGACAUGAGGGUUAAAGAAACACUGACUGAUGUUUGUGUUUUCUUUCACAGAGGACUUUUAUUGUGAAGGACAUUGUAAUUUCAUUUAAGUCUAGCUUUUUAUGAAUUAAGAGUCGACCCGUCCUGAAAUAAAACCGUGUUCCUUUGA